AGAGCUCCCAAUGCUCAGCCCUGAACUGGUAGGCGCUUUCAAGCCAAACAAAGCCAAACAUUCAGAAAGUCAAGUGUUCAAUAAAAAUUGUACUCCACCAAUCCUGUUCCAAUGUCACGAAGUUUCCGAGCCGAGACACGAUCUCGCACCAAAGAUGAUCUCCGAAAAGUUAUGCAUUCCGUGGACAAGGUUCGCCAUUGGGAAAAGCGAUGGGUGACCAUUUCUGACACUUCCAUGAAGAUCUUAAAAUGGGUGCCUAUUGAGAAGAAAAAGAUGGGCGGGAAAGGCACACAAGCUCCUUUGAGUUUCAAAGAACAACAAGAAGCCCUCCGGAAAUCGCAGUCCGGACAAAGUGGACCAGGAUCCGGCAAAGGCAACCCGCCCUCAAUGUCAGAGUUGGCGGGCGAAGACUCAAAUAUGUCCUUGGGAUCGGCCGACUCAAGGGACGGAUUUUCCAAGGAGAGCUCCAAUCAGUAACGUCCAGUAUUCUUCAAGUUCAAAUUUAUUGUCCCCCUGCUUGUGACUGUUUCAAUCUAAAUAUAUUUGAAAUUUCCCGCCA